CACCUUGCUGACACUCUCGCAUGAGCUGGAGGCUCCCCAGCCGCACUACAUCAUCGCACCAGCGACUUUCAAUCGUCAUUGAGGCGAUAAAGGCGCGCAAUCACUGUUGAUAAACUCUCCGGCCAGAGUGGGUGGCACACUGGGAAGGCGCGUUAUCAGGGCUCUCGAGAUUCAAUUAUUCGGAUGCUCGACAACCGAAUAAUCAUGACAAAAUUACGCCCCUCGCAGCAAAACGGAGCGCGGCAAUUUACGAGCGAAUCAAUCCGCUGAAUUAGCAUUAUCUGGAGGUCAAAUCACUAUUGAAUGAAAGUCCACACGUUAAUCGAUUAAUGCGUCCGCAAAUUACAGAACAUUGAGCGCACACAAUGGAGAAAGGAAUCGGCACAGCUAAUCGCAGAGAUUGACUCACAGUGAAUUAAAGAAUUAUAUCGGGUUGUAUCGGUUUGUGUGAUCUCUUGAGGUCUCGAGAGGCAAUUUGCUAUCAUUAUCAUUGACGAGAGAGUACGUGCUUGAGAAAACAAGCUCUAUAUAUUACACUCCUAAUGGAAUUGCAAUUAUGAAGCAUUUCAUAACUUCAUUUCAACCUUUUCGGAUGAAACCCACAAAAAGCAACUGUGACACUCGCAGGCGCAGUGCAGGUGAGGAGGAAGCUCUGGCGAUCAUACGACAGUCGCUGCGAACCAAUCGGAUGGAGCACAGCGAGGGCACCCUCUUUGACGGCGGACGCGGGCAUGUGUUCGUGGUGUUCGGCAGCUCGGGAGAUCUGGCCAGGAAGAAGAUCUACCCCACGCUGUGGUGGCUCUACAGGGAUGGGUUGCUGCCCGAGAGAACGCAUUUCUUUGGCUACUCAAGGAGUAAACUCACGGUGGCCGAGCUGAAGGCCAAGUGCGCACCCUUCAUGAAAGCCCGACCGGAUGAGGAGAAGCUGCUGGAAGAAUUCUGGCGUCUCAACGAGUAUGUGGCCGGAGGGUACGACAAUGCCGAAGAUUUCCGGCGUCUCAACGCGGCCAUGGUGAGGGCGGAACACGGACAGUGCUCUAAUCGCCUCUACUACCUCGCUCUGCCCCCGAGUGUCUUCAAUACCGUUACUGUGCACGUGAAGAACACUUGCUUCGACCGGCACGGCGAGGGCUGGGAUCGGGUGAUAAUUGAGAAGCCCUUCGGCCGCGAUGCCGCCUCUUCGGAGGAGCUGAGCAAUCACCUGGCGCAGCUCUUCCGCGAGGAGCAAAUCUAUCGCAUUGAUCACUACCUCGGCAAGGAGAUGGUGCAGAAUCUCAUGACCAUCCGCUUCGGGAAUCGCAUCUUCAGUCCCACUUGGAACAAUGGAAAUGUUGCCUCUGUGCUCAUCACUUUCAAGGAGCCCUUCGGCACUCAGGGACGCGGCGGCUACUUCGACGAGUUCGGCAUCAUCAGGGACGUCAUGCAGAAUCAUCUGCUGCAGAUCCUCUCGCUGGUGGCUAUGGAGAAACCCGUUUCUUGCCAUCCGGAUGAUAUUCGUGAUGAGAAAGUGAAGGUCCUGAAGUCGAUUCCAGCUCUCACGCUCGAUGACGUCGUCCUGGGUCAGUAUGUGGGCAAUCCCGAAGCGCCUGCCCAUGAUGACGCCAGCAAGGGCUAUCUGGAUGAUCCCACUGUUCCGGCAGGCUCCAAAACACCCACAUACGCCCUGGCAGUGCUCCGCAUCAACAACGAGCGAUGGGAUGGCGUUCCCUUCAUCCUUCGCUGCGGCAAGGCGCUGAAUGAGCGCAAAGCUGAGGUCAGGAUUCAGUAUCACGACGUUCCCGGUGACAUUUUCGAGGGCAAACCGAAGCGCAAUGAGUUGGUCAUUCGUGUGCAGCCUGGUGAGGCACUCUAUGUGAAGAUGAUGACCAAGUCGCCAGGGAUUACCUUUGAUCUGGAAGAGACGGAGCUGGAUCUCACGUACACGCAUCGCUACAAGGAGGUCACCCUUCCAGACGCGUACGAACGACUCAUUCUGGAUGUGUUCUGCGGCUCUCAGAUGCACUUUGUACGCUCUGAUGAACUUCGCGAAGCCUGGCGAAUCUUCACGCCGCUUCUGCACCAAAUUGAGGCGGACAAGUGCGAUCCUAUUCCCUACGUUUACGGCUCACGUGGACCAAGAGAGGCGGAUCUCAAGUGCAAAGACAGCAACUUCAAGUACUACGGAUCGUACAAAUGGCACAAACUCUAAUCCCCAAUACUAACAAUUUUCCCCUACUCAACGGGUUUGCGGGUGGUGUAAGGAAAAUACUUACGAGAUAUAACAUUUGCGAGUGAGUUGUUUCUUUUGAAGGAAAGUUCGAAACAUUUUUUUUAUACAGACUACUUUAGAUGUACAUUCCGCUUGAGGACAUUUUUAUAUGAUAUACACACACAGUGUUAUUUAUUCAGUUGAUACACUGAUACAAAAAAUCUGAUAUUAUGAGAAGCAAUAAAGAUCAUUCCCUGAAAUAAA